ACAACCAUGGCUCCCUCCACCAACGAUUCUCCUGUGGGCAUCACCACAUCUCCAUUCACCUGCAAAGUAGGCAUCAACGGUUUCGGCCGGAUAGGUCGCAAUGUCCUCCGCGCAUCCCUCCUCCGAUCCGACAUCCAAGUCGUCGCCAUCAACCACACAUGCCUCACAGUAGACGACCUAAACUACCUCAUCCGCUACGACUCCUCCAUGGGCGCCCUCGACGAGACAACGUCCAUCCAAAUCAUCUCCGACAAUCUCAUCACCAUAAACGACACCCCCAUCACACUGACCUCAGAACGCGACCUCGAAAACCUCAAAUGGGAUACCCUAGGCGUCGAAUACGUCCUCGAAUGCACGGGCAAGUUUACCAAACAGAACCUCGCCAUGGAUCAUAUUGUCUACGGACAGGCCAAACGGGUCCUCAUCUCCGCACCCUCCUCGGACUCGCCGACCUUCGUCUACGGCGUGAACUCGGACGUGUAUCGUCCCACUGACGACAACAGGAUUAUUUCCAAUGCAAGCUGUACUACGAACUGCGUGACACCGGUGUUGAAGGUGCUGAAUGAGAAUUUUGGUAUCGUGCAGGGUUUCCUGACGACGGUUCAUGCGGCGACUCGUUCCCAGCAGGUGUUGGAUGGGUAUAGUCAGAAGAAUCGGCGGCUUGGUCGCGGCGUCUUCAACAAUAUCAUCCCUACUACCACUGGCGCAGCGAAGGCCAUUGCUUCAGUGCUUCCUGAGCUAAGUGGAAAGGUGACUGGCGUGUCGAUCCGGGUGCCCACACCCAACGUCUCAAUGAUCGACCUAACAAUCAGCACCGAGAAGCCAACCUCAAUCUCCGAAAUCAUUUCAGCCUUCCGAAUAGCAUCCAAAUCCAGCAUGGCUGGUGUAUUGAGAGUCACGGAUGAAGAACUCGUGAGUACGGACUAUAAUGGAAGUCCGUAUAGUGCUAUUAUUGAUGCGCCGGCGUGUGCGGAGCUGAAUUCUCAGUUCUUUAAGAUCAUGGCGUGGUAUGAUAAUGAGUGGGGGUAUUCGAAUCGGUUGCUGGAUUUGGCGGUUCAUGUGCAUGCUGUUCAGAAUGGGGUUUGA